GAGACUCGGACGCACAGCUGUGAAAGUCCGCGAUGUCCUCUCCCAGCGCCACCUCCAACCCUCUGAGCACCCUGGCGCCCAAAAGGAAGACGAAGAAGAAACACUUCGUGCAGCAGAAAGUGAAGGUUUUCCGAGCCAGUGACCCCGUGCUGAGCGUCCUGAUGUGGGGGGUCAAUCACUCGAUUAAUGACCUGAGCCAGGUGCCUGUACCUGUGAUGCUGCUUCCAGACGACUUCAAAUCCAGCACCAAGAUCAAAGUGAACAACCACCUCUUCAACAAAGAGAAUCUUCCGGGACUGUUCAAAUUCAAAGAGUACUGUCCACAGGUGUUCAGAAACCUGCGAGAGCGCUUCGGCAUCGAGGACCAAGAUUACCAGGUGUCUCUGGCCCGCUGUCCUCCCCUCAAAGAUGAGGACGGGCAGUGCGUGGGACUGCUGCUGACGUCAUACGACCGCACUUUGGUAGUGAAAGAAAUCUCCAGCGAGGAGGUGGAGGAAAUGCACAACAUCCUUUCCGAGUAUCACCAGCAUAUAGUCACCUGCCACGGCAACACGCUGCUCCCUCAGUUCCUGGCCAUGUACAGAGUCACGGUUGAGAGCGAGGACACCUACCUGUUGGUGAUGAGGAACAUGUUCAGCCACAGACUGCAUGUACACAGGAAGUACGACCUCAAGGGGUCCCUGGUGUCUCGUGAGGCAAGUUUUAAAGAGAAGGUGAAGGAGCUCCCCACUUAUAAAGACGUAGACUUCAGGAAUAACAUGCAGAAAGUGUAUGUGAGCGACGAGGAGAGGCAGAAGAUCAUGGAUAAGCUCAGCAGAGAUAUCGAGUUUCUGGUGCGUAUGAGGAUCAUGGACUACAGCCUGUUACUGGGCAUCCACGAUGUGGGGCGGGCUGAGAGGGAGGAGGAGGAGGAGAUGGAGUCGUCCUAUGAAGAGGAAGAGGAGGAAGAAACUGACAUGGCUCCUGCUCCAGGUUCCACCUCCCCUGAGGGUAUCAGUGGCUACAUGAACUCCUUCAAACCCAUGGGCCCUGGGGAGUUCGACCCCUAUGUGGACGUGUACGCUAUUCAGAGCGCUGUAGAUUCGCCCCAGAGGGAGGUGUAUUUCAUGGGUCUGAUUGACGUGCUGACGCAGUACGACACCAAGAAGAAAGCUGCUCACGCUGCCAAGUCUGUCAAACACGGGGCAGGAGCAGAAAUCUCAACAGUCCACCCGGAGCAGUACGCUAAACGUUUCAGGGAGUUCAUCACUAAGAUCUUUGCUUAGUCCAAGGGUUAACCAUGCAAUACCUACUUAAUCUCAAAUCAACAUCAACAAGCACUGAAAAUGUACUUUUUAAUUGUAGAUGAUGUGUGUAGUUUUUGACCGGUCAGCCUCCAUAUCCCUCUGCACUGCGAGAAGGACUGUGCAUUUUAUUUUGAUGGGGAAAUGCAGACAGGAGAAAAGGUCUUAUUGAUGGUUUUUCUUUUGUAUUUGGGGUGAUUUAAUUAAAGACCUCUGACACGUAACAGUUCUUCCCGGGCAGAAGAAGGAAGUGGAGAUGACGAGAAGAAGGCGUUUUCUCAACAUUGUUGUUGUGUCCCUCACCCGCUGCUGCUUGGGGAGAAAGAUUUAUAUUUUGCUCUUAUAUAUUAAUUCAUUUGUGACUCACUGUGCUCUUGCCAACAAGGGCAUAAUUUGGGCAAAUUGGGAGAAUUUACAGGGUCAUUAAAAUGUUAAUCUCCUUUUUAGCACCAACGUGUGAUUUAAUCUGAUAUUAUCUUGCCAAAUGCAGACUUAUAAUAAAUAGCUAAACAUA